AUGGUUAAGUCUGACAGGACAACUUUGAAGUGUUUUGAAGAUAAACAAAGCGAAUCAAAGCAACUAUGGGCUGAUAAGUAUAAGCCAACUCGAAUCUCAGAGCUGAUCGGGAAUGGUAGGUGCGUAGCCGAUCUGCGGCGAUGGCUUCUUGAGUGGCAAAAUAAACAAGGAAAUAAAGAGAAGAAAAACAAGUGUAAAGCCGUGCUGAUUAGUGGUCCUCCAGGUAUAGGCAAGACUUCUUCCGCUAUUAUAGUUUGCACGCAACUUGGUUUUAGUGUCAUGGAAGUAAACGCAAGCGAUUCAAGAAAUAAAGCCUCAAAGGAUGUUCAAACAGGUUUAUCUGGUUCAACUUCAAACCAAGUCAAAGAAUUGGUCACUAAUCGGGGUCUCAAUUUUUUGAAAACAACGAUUCAUAAAAAUCAAGUAUUAAUAAUGGAUGAAGUCGAUGGAAUGAGUGCAGGCGAUCGUGGUGGAAUAUCUGACCUCAUUGAUACGAUAAAACGCUCGAAAAUUCCAAUAAUUUGUAUCUGUAACGAUCGUUAUUCACAAAAGUUAAAGGCUUUGCAAAAUCACUGUUUUGAACUCAACUUUCAGCGACCUACAAAGCAACAAAUACAUGGACGCUUGUCCCUCAUUAUGAAAGAAGAAAAUUUUCACAUGCAAUCUAAUGAGUUGGAUACUGUAAUUGAGUCAUGUAAUGGAGAUAUUCGACUGAUUCUCAAUCAGCUUCAAUUGAGAAAGCUAAGAACAGGUUCACUCUCAAUUUCUGGUGGAAAGCAACUGAAAGAUAUUAAUUUGGGAGUACUUUCAAUUGUAGAUGUACUUAUGGGAUAUGGUGCUUCAAGCCAAACCAUUGACCGUCGUAUAGCAUUAUGUUUCAACGAGCCUGAUUUAGUUCCAUUGUAUAUACAGGAAAACUUUCCCCAAAUGAGGCCAACACACUGUUGCUCGGAUCUUCAAAGGCUCAUAUUUUUAGGUGCAGCUUCCUGUGCGUUAUCUGAUGGUGACUUGGUCUAUUCGCUGGUUCGAUCAAAACAACUUUGGGAGCUUGCAUCUUGCAGUAAUCUCUUAGCGUGCAUUAUUCCUUCUUCAAUCGUAUCUGGAGUUCGUGAGACUUUCAACUUAUUUCCAGGUGAACGUAAUUUUCACCGAUUUCCUGCUUGGCUCGGUAAGAAUUCUUCAAGUUCUAAAAUGCGGCGUCUACUGAAUGAAAUGCAUGGUCAUAUGAUAAGUAAAGGAGCACUUAAAUCCAGCUCUAAUGUACUCAGACAACAUUAUAUUCCUUUACUUCGAUCAUAUACAACGAUACCACUUCUUUCAAAACAUGUUGGGGGCUUGAACAAUCGUGGAAUACAAGAUGCAGUGCGCUUUAUGAGAGUAUAUGGAAUUACAAGAGUUGACUGGGAUUCAUUGAAUGAACUCCGUAAAUUUAGUGGAAAAGGUCCCGCUUUUGAAGACAGUAUUCAAAUAUCAGCAUCAACCAAAUCUUCCUUCACGCGUGAAUGUAAUAAGAUCUUGGAUCAGGUUCCUACAAAGCAUGAACUAAAAUUGCAGGAUGGUUAUUCAAGUGAUGGGAAUCAAGAAUAA